CCACAGUCUUUGCUACACUUUCUUCCAAGACAUUUAUUGUUCAAUUAAUUUCCUUUCAUAACAAACGCAUUUUGUUUCUUCACGCGAGUCAUUCAACUACAUCCGGAAAGAAAAGGAGAAAAGGACAACACUUAAAUUCACACGUUCAGCUUUUGCCAACCAGCUGCCAGGAAUAUUUUUAAGGGGAUCUGUCAUGGUUGAUAGUUAGCACGUACGCUACGGGGGUAUAGCUCGCUGGCGGAUCAAUAUAUCGCUUUAUUGAAAGUGUGUAGCUGGUAAUGCAGCGGCGGCAGCAGCGACAAAGCGAUUAACGCAAAUGUGACGGCAAGCUCGCGCAUGUGUGCAAUAUUCUUUGCAGUUGCAUCCGAGCUCACGACAGUUGUGUCGAAGUUGAAAAUGCGGAAAUAACAGCCAUUUAUGGCCGACAUAAUAAUCAUUAAUUGCAGUUUAAGUGUUGAAAACAAAGCCCUUUGUUUCGGAAAUAUAUAUAAAAGUAUAUCGCUGUGUGCGCGCGCCACUAUAUCAAAAGUGAAGAUUAAUAUUUAGGUCGUGCAUGAAGAUUAGUGACCACAGCAGGAUGUCACAGGGAUUUGUGAGCUGAGAUGCAUAACAAAAACAAAAACAUGUCAUCCUCCCUGUCAUAAAAACCCGUUUUGAAAGUUCGCUAUAGAAUUUUACAGACAUUUACAGCACUGAAUAGUGCGUCGUUUGGUUUUAUUAGUGUAAAUGGUUGUGCAUUAGAAAAUAAAUCUGUCAAAGUCACUUUACUGAUAAAAUACACUAUAAAUCAGUCACAUCAUCAUGUCAGGGGACAGUAGUGGUGAGGACUCGGACCGGGAAACCCACCGUAAAGUGUGCACUGUGAAACAUGAGAUCACUAAUGCAAACCUCACAGGACACACUGAGAAAGUUGGCAUGGAGAACUUUGAACUUCUCAAAGUGCUUGGCACUGGAGCUUACGGGAAAGUUUUCCUGGUCCGGAAAAUCAGUGGUCAUGAUAAAGGCAAACUGUAUGCCAUGAAGGUUCUGAAGAAAGCGGCCAUUGUUCAGAAAGCAAAGACGGCCGAGCACACUCGGACAGAGCGGCAGGUACUUGAACAUAUCCGCCAGUCACCCUUUCUCGUCACCCUCCAUUACGCCUUCCAGACCCAAACAAAACUGCACCUUAUACUGGAUUAUGUGAGUGGAGGAGAGAUGUUCACUCACCUGUACCAGAGAGAUCAUUUCUCAGAAGAUGAGGUGAGGAUCUAUGUGGGAGAGAUCAUACUGGCCCUGGAGCACCUGCACAAGCUUGGCAUUGUGUACCGGGACAUUAAACUGGAGAAUAUCUUAUUGGACAGUGAUGGUCAUGUGGUCCUGACUGACUUUGGGCUGAGUAAGGAGUUUCUGGAGGAAGAGAAGGAGAGAACAUACUCAUUCUGCGGCACUAUAGAGUACAUGGCACCAGAGAUUAUCAGAGGGAAAGCUGGCCAUGGCAAGACGGUGGAUUGGUGGAGUUUGGGGAUCCUGAUGUUUGAACUAUUGACAGGAGCAUCUCCGUUUACUCUGGAGGGAGAAAGAAAUUCCCAGAGCGAAGUGUCCAAACGUAUCUUGCGCUGUGAUCCUCCAUUCCCUUCUAUAAUUGGACCUUUGUCGCAGGACCUCUUGAGAAAGUUACUGGUGAAGGACCCUCAUAAGAGACUGGGGUCUGGCCCUCGAGGGGCAGAGGACAUCAAGAGUCAUCCGUUCUUCAAGGGUUUAAACUGGUCUGAUUUGGCUGAGAAAAAAGUUGCAAGUCCAUUCCGACCAGAACUCCGAAAUGAAUUGGAUGUGGGAAACUUUGCAGAAGAGUUUACAGGGAUGGAGCCAGUCUAUUCCCCUGCCAGCACUCCACCUAGUACAGACCGUCUGUUUCAGGGCUACUCCUUCGUGGCUCCUUCUAUCUUAUUCAACAAGAAUGUGGUAAUGGGGGACGUCCUGGACGCUCACGUGAAUGUUGACAGGCCCGGUUCUGCUACAGUCCAUCGUAGUGCUAUGCUAAAGGAGUCUCAGUUUUUCCUGCACUAUGAUCUGUGCCUGUUGGGGGCACCACUUGGUGAGGGCAGUUUCUCUGUCUGCAGGAAGUGCAGACACAGGCAGAGUGGGCAGGAAUAUGCUGUAAAAAUUGUCAGCCGAAGGAUGGAGGCCAUGACUCAGAAAGAGGUGGCAGCAUUAAGACAGUGUGAAUCUCACCCGAACAUUGUCACACUCCAUGAGGUCUAUACUGAUCAGUAUCACACAUAUCUGGUCAUGGAGCUGUUGCGUGGCGGUGAGCUGUUGGAGCGUAUCAGGAAGAAGAAGAUGUUUGCUGAAUGGGAGGCUAGUCAGCUAAUGAAGAGUCUAGUGUCUGCGGUCAGCUACAUGCAUGAGGCUGGAGUAGUACACCGAGACCUCAAACCAGAGAAUGUGCUGUUUGCCGAUGAAUCGGAUGACUCAGUGUUGAAGGUGAUUGAUUUUGGUUUUGCACGGUUGUUUCCAGCGGGUAGUGGUAGUGCUCCUCUGCAGACUCCCUGUUUCACCCUGCAGUACGCUGCGCCCGAGCUCUUCCACAGCUCCGGAUACGACCAGGCAUGUGACCUUUGGAGCCUGGGGGUCAUCUUGUACACCAUGCUCUCUGGACAAGUUCCAUUCCAGAGUGAUAAAAAAGGAAUGACAUCAUCACACGCUGCUGACAUCAUGCAUAAAAUCAAAGAGGGAGACUUCUCAUUGGAAGGAGAAGGCUGGAGGGGUGUGUCCGAAGAGGCCAAAGAUCUAGUGAGAGGUUUGUUAACCGUAAACCCUGAGCGGCGGCUGAAGCUCUCUGCUCUGAAAGAGAAUGCCUGGCUUCAAGGAGGGGGCGUCAUGUCCUCCACGCCCCUCUGCACACCUGAUGUUCUGGAGUCCUGUGGCCCGACCGUCCGAACCUAUGUCAAUGCCACCUACAAGGCAUUUAACCGGGGAAAGCGUGAGGGGUUUUUCCUUAAAAGCGUCGACAACGCUCCACUAGCAAAACGGCGGAAAUUGAAAAUGACCAGCACUGGCGUGGAAACCCGCCGCAGCUCCUCCUCCUCUUCAUCUUCCUCCUCUUCCUCAUCUGCUUCCCAUUCCAAGAUGCAGAAUUGCCAAUCUAUGGCUCCCCACGAAGACCCCAAACUGUGACAUUUCACCUUUAAAUGAUAAGAUGCGUUGAUGUGGUGAGAGAAUAUAAUGCAAAAGCAUUUUGCAGCAUGAAAAAUACCUACAGAAAAGACUUUCAAUUUGAAAUAGCAGAUUAAGGCAACGUAUUCAACGUUACAAAAGAGAUUGAACUUUCAUCUCGAAGUGUGCAGCUGGUGAGAUCAACAGUUUUUCAUCGGAUAUUUAAUCAAAGAAGAGAAAAGGUGUUUUUUUAAAGAUGGUGGCUUUCUAAAAAAACCCACAAUGCCAAGGAAAUGAUCUUCUUCAGAAAAGAGACUCGGAUGGCAUUUCUUGUACAUUUUAUUGAAUGUAACUAUGGUGGAUAUCCACAUGGAUUUUAAAAGAUAUUUAAACCGAGUUUGAGAUUGAAACACAUGAAACUGGGAUCAGGAAGUGUGUAAUAUUAAGGAAACAUUUUAGUGGUAAAGAACGUCGCAAGAGAAGAAAGCCAUAUGCGAGAAUUAGAGUGAACUUCUAUUUAAAUGUAUCUUAAAGUUUUAUCGAUCCAUUGAGCAAAGCUUUAUGUGAAUCAUGUAUAGGCUAUUUACAGUCAUGUUACUACUUUCAUAAGUUUUCUCGAUGUGUGCAUGGUUGUAGUAUUUUAAAUAUUUCGCAUUUUAAAAAACUGACCUAUGAAGUCAGACCACACGUCUGCCUUCACUAAUCCGCCAAUUUCAAUGCGGGGAUUUGGACAAGGACACUGCCUCCUAUCCACAGUUUUGUGUCUCGAUCUUUAUGCCCUGUAUUUUUAUCUUUAGUUGACGUGUGAAGUGCAUAGAGUUGAUUUUAUAUGCUAUCACUUACUUGACUGAUUUCAAAAGGUAUAGUUUACCUUGUGAACCGGCCGAGUUUGCCGCCACCUUUAUCAGACUUGUAUCUGUGUACUUGAAAUGCUGCGUAGGCUUCUUAAAGGCAUAGUUUGCCCUAACAUGAAAGUUCUGUCGUCUUCUACUCGCCUUCAUGUCGUUCCAAACCUGUAUGACUUACUUUCUUCUGUGAAACACAAAAUUAGAUAUUUUGAAGUAUGUUGAAGCUGCUGUUUUCCAUACAAUGAAAGCAGACAGUGACCAUUGGCUGUCAAGCUCAAGAAGGCAUCAUAAAAGUAGUAUGACUUUGAGGAACAGACGUAAUUUAAGAUGUUAUUCACUGACAAGUGAUGUGCUAGUUCUAUUUCAUGCCUCUUAAAUGGCUUUUUUCUUUUAAUCUUUCAAAAUGACCAACAGCAGUUGGUCUUUCAAUGUUCUGCUGAAAACACAAAAAAAAAAAGAAGUGAUCGUACUGUGUAAAUUAGCACAAUAAUUAUUCAAAAUCACCUUUGUCAACUGUGCAUUUAUAACUAUAGUAUGUAAAAAAGGUUUCUAGUAUCCAGUGAAAAAUGAAUGUAGUCAUUCAGAAUCUAAGCAUGUUCAACUAAAAAAACAAGUUGUCCUUGGUUGAGUAGAUAAAUAGAUAAAUGUUCUUUUGAAAUAAUUGUAUUUAUCAAUAAAAUUGUUUCAUUGUAAUGGACAUGACAGGUCAUCCAUUAUUUUUAACAUAGUUUAAAAUGAAAAAGGAAACUUGCAUUAUUUUGUAGUUAAAGUUUUUUUAUUCACUUUCCAUAAAAAUGAUAUAUAUAUAUAUCAUUGUUGGUAAAAAAAAAAUUAAACAAAAUUGCAAUAUAAGUUUUUGCUUGUAUUGCCAACCCCUACUAUACUAUACAACACUGCCCUGAUCAACUGAUAAGAGUUUUUAAUGUCCGAUGCCGAUAUCUAGAAAGCAGUUCCGAUAUAUUUGAUAUCACACAAUUUAAUAUAAUGGUAAAUGUUACAUAAAAUUGCUAGCAAACAUUUUGUUUACUUUUGUUUAGCAUUAUAUUUACUCAAUUUCACACAAAAACUUUAACUUCGAAAAAAAAAAAAUAAUAAUAAUUUAACAAAAUAUUUUUUUGGCAAUUUGCAUGUUGAAUACGGCUCCUAUACAUGCAAGCUGGCAAUUCUAUGUGCUGUCACAGAUUCCAAAACUUAUCAGACAAGACCAAAUAUUGGCCCAUAUAUUGGUCUCGUGAUGUAUCGGUCGUCCACUACUGUACUAUCCUAUACUAUAUUUAAAACAUUUUUAUAAAACAAUUAUAUUUAUGCAUAGAAUUUCAAUACAUUUCCAUCAUAUUGAAUUAUGCCAUUUUUAACCAAAUUAUAUUUAUAGUCUAUAAUAUAUAAAAGUUGUAUUGCUUUAAUUUUGUUCAAGAUUACUCAAUUGAUGGAAAUUUGUUAUAAAAUUGAAAAGCGUAAUUCUUAACGAUAUUGUUUGAGCGUAUACUAUGUAGCACAAGUUGUGUGAACUGCUUGUGUUGUGUUUGUCUUUUUUGGAGCUCGACAGCCUCUGUGCGCUCUGUAUUCUGCCGAAUAUCUUUGUUUCUGUUCUGAAAGAAAAGAGGUCGUAUGGGUUUGGAACACAUUGAGGGUGUGUAAUUAAUGACAGAAUGAAUUUUUUUUUGUUGUUUUUUUUUUUUUUUUUAAACUGUCAUUUAUUCUCCUGCACACUCUUGCCUCUUCUACUUAUCUGAGCGAUCCAAACAUCCACUGCCUGUUUAACUCUACUACCCACUGUAAGGGCUGAGGUUCACAAUACAGCAAUCAAUCCCUCCUAUUCUCAAGGGCUUUCACAAUCAGUCCAUGCUGUAAGCGAGCGACCCUCUUGCACUGUGACAAGAGUGAGAGAAGAAACACAUCUUUAGUUUUGCAGAAUUUUAUAACUUGUUUAAUGUACUGUACAAGCAUUCAGACGUCUUCGCAUUGAGUCUUUAUGCAGUAUGCGCUUUGUAAAUCAACCAAUGAACACCUGGGAUUCAGAGCAUGCGAGCGGUUUAUGAAGAAGCAAGCAGGUGUCGAGUCGCAUUUAAACACCUUCAACGUUGUUUAAUAAACUGCACUUUCCUUUUAAGAGGUGUGAGGCUGGCAGGUAUGAACAAUUUAAUAGUCGAACCGAUUGUUUGGCGCUGUUUUUAUUAAACUAAUAUAUUCAUCAGUUUUCUGUGCCAAAAUAAUCAGUUAAUGGGGAUAAUAUAGUCUGUGUGAUUAAAUAUAUGUUUUCGGCAGUCCUUGCACACAUGACACACUAGAGAUUUAUAUGACUUUGUUGUGCACAAGUGGUGCUUCUAUCAGAUGUUCAUUGAUGGAAACAGUUUGUGGAAAGACUGAAACAAAUUCUGCACAUUGGGGUCCAUGUCUUUUGAUUUAGUAUGUUUUACUCCAAGGGGCUCAGAGGUGUCAUUUUGCUCAGCAUUUAUAAUCAAAGUAUCUUUCAGAUGUGAUAAUGCCAUGCAAUUGAAAUUAAUUGGAGUUUAGGGCUAUUAAGGGAUGACUUAAUGAACACACUGAUUUUACACUAUUAUUUUAUGUUUAUGUGAAUGUAAAAUCCUUUUUAUUACAUCUGUCGCACAAGUUUUGUCAUGUCAGUGUGUUCUUGGCUUUAACAACUGUAAUAUCUUUUUAUUUAUUAAUUUUUAGUUACUCUUUAUAUCUUUAUGUUUGGAAUAGUGAUUAUUCCACAGUGUUAUUGGCUUUUUGCUUCUUUUAGUUUAGUGUUUGACUUCUUGUUUUUAAUGUGGCAAAUGAAUUUGUCGGUAGGAACAAGAUGUCUUUAUUAUGAUCAUGUGCAAUGCAUCACAAAUUAUGUUGUGUGGAAGUUAUAGAAAUGUACAUUUUUGAUUUGGGAAUGUUUUAAUAGAUUUGGGAAUGGUUUAAUAGAUUUGGGAAUGUCUUUUUUUAAUGGCUUUAGAUUCAGUUUGGUCUUUCUGUGUAUGUUAUGUUAUUGAUAGGCAUCUGAUUUGCAUGUUUUGAUGUUUUUAUUUUUUAAAAACCUUUUCUUGAUAACUUGAGUGUUGUCUCUGCCCAAAAAAAGUUUUGUAUGAUAAAAGAGAAUCAUGGAGCAAAAUAAAAUACACUGUUUUAA